GAGGAGUGAACCUGCCGGGAGAAACACAACGCCAUUUUCACCCCGUACAGCUCCAGACAGAUGCGUCUGAGCUGAGAUCCGAGUGUUUUCGCAAACACCGCUUCUCAAAUUAUGACUAUGUGAUUAAUAAUCUGUUGUUUCUGUGCCACUCUGUGAUUUGAGCUCGUGCUGGAGGAAUCGUACUGCCAGUGGCAGGAACUUCCCUCUUGGAGCUCCGGAAGACUGGAGAGGAGGACACACACAACUGGUCCGGCUGCCCUAUUCCAGCCCCAAGCCCUCUCAAUCAAGCUGCGGAGUGUUAUAUUUACUUGCGUUUCGUAGUAGGACACGGAGGAACAAACCCUGUUACAGUUGUGGGUGUUCUGGAUGUCUCGCUGAACGGAUGCGUGAGGACAUGUCGAGCGUGGUGUGUGUGAAGGAGACAGAGGGUCAGGGGGACCCCGGAGAGAAGCUGUCCCAAGACGAGCUGCUAUGUCGGACACGGGAGGUCAUGCAGGGGCUGGAGGCGCUCCGUGCAGAACAUCAGGCCAUCCUGGAGGGGCUGAUGGGGACCUUGCGCUGCCUCAAACAGAGCCAGGAGGGUCGUGCUGUUGAGGAGAAGACAGCCAUGAUCCAACGCUCCAUGGAAAUGCUGGAGCUAGGCCUUAGCGAAGCACAGGUGAUGAUGGCUCUGUCAGGGCACCUGAGUGCAGUGGAGGCAGAGAAACAGAAGCUUCGAGCACAGGUGCGGAGGCUGUGUCAGGAGAACCAGUGGCUGAGGGACGAGCUGGCAGGGACCCAGCAGCGGCUGCAGAAGAGUGAGCAGAGCGUGGCCCAGCUGGAGGAGGAGAAGAAACAUCUGGAGUUCAUGAACCAGCUCAAGAAAUAUGACCAGGACCUCAGCCCAUCAGAUGAUAAGGACUCUGAUUCCAGUAGGGAGACACUGGACGAUCUUUUUCCAGAUGAGCAGGAUGAGCCGGGUCCUGGCAUCCAGCCUCCUCACAGCAGUGCAGUGGCAGCAGCGCAGCAGGGCGGUUACGAGAUCCCAGCUCGUCUCCGAACCCUCCACAACCUGGUGAUCCAAUACGCCUCACAGGGCAGGUAUGAGGUAGCCGUUCCUCUCUGCAAACAGGCUCUGGAGGAUCUAGAGAAAACAUCUGGACACGAUCAUCCCGAUGUAGCCACCAUGCUGAACAUUCUCGCCCUUGUUUACAGGGACCAGAAUAAAUACAAAGAGGCAGCAAACCUCCUUAACGAUGCAUUGGCAAUUAGAGAGAAGACCCUGGGCAAAGACCACCCUGCGGUGGCUGCCACUCUGAACAACCUGGCCGUUCUUUAUGGCAAACGAGGGAAGUACAAGGAAGCAGAGCCUCUGUGUAAAAGGGCACUGGAGAUCAGAGAGAAGGUGCUGGGGAAGGACCACCCUGAUGUUGCUAAGCAGCUGAAUAAUCUGGCCUUGCUGUGUCAGAACCAAGGCAAGUAUGAAGAGGUGGAGUACUACUACCAGAGAGCCCUGGAGAUCUACCAGACCAAACUGGGCCCUGACGACGCCAAUGUGGCCAAGACCAAAAACAACCUGGCUUCAUGCUAUCUGAAACAGGGGAAAUUCAAGCAGGCAGAGACUCUAUAUAAAGAGAUCCUGACCAGAGCCCAUGAGAGAGAGUUUGGCUCUGUAGAUGAUGAAAAUAAACCCAUCUGGAUGCAUGCAGAGGAGAGAGAAGAGCAGAGCAAGGGCAAGCAAAAGGAUGGCUCUCCGUUUGGAGAGUAUGGUGGCUGGUACAAGGCCUGUAAAGUAGACAGCCCCACUGUGACGACCACGCUGAAGAAUCUUGGCGCUCUCUACAGGAGACAGGGCAAGUUUGAGGCUGCAGAGACCCUGGAGGAGGCGGCUCUGCGCUCCAGAAAACAGGGUCUGGACACGGCGCAUAAGCAGCGUGUGGCGGAAGUGCUGGGAGACCCUGAAGUACGAGAGAAGCAGCGGAGCCGUGAGAGCCUGACCUCUGACACGGUGAAGUACGAAAGCGGCCCUGACGGAGGAGAGGAAGUGAGUAUGAGCGUGGAGUGGAACGGGGACGGCUCGGGCUCAUUGAAGCGCAGCGGUUCCUUUAGUAAACUGCGGGCCUCUAUCCGACGCAGCAGUGAGAAACUGGUCCGCAAGCUCAAAGGAGGAGGCUUACGAGAAAACGAACCCAAAAAUCCUGGCAUGAAGAGGGCCAGCUCUCUUGGAGUUCUCAACGAGCCGGAUAAACCUGUGGGAGAACUCAAAGAACGAAAUUAUCGUCUAAGGCAGAUGCGGGACCUGAGUUCCAGUCACACUGACCUGGCGCAUUGAAGGUCUGCUGUUUGAUGUCCCAAUGAAGAGAGGUACUAAGAGGUCUCAUCAUCUGGCUGACCUGAGCUGUUUAGACAGGACUACCUUUUCCGGAGGUUACUUUUGCUCUCGAGUCUCUGUAUAUGUAUUUAAUUUCUGGUAAGUUAGCUGUAGAAAUGACAACUGAUGUAAAAAAGCUAAACAAGAACCAAAGUGCACAACAAAUUUGAGAUUAUUAUGUUCUGCAAAAAUCUGAAAAUAGAUAUUUGGGCUCAGGUUGAGACUAGGCACUCUAAUGGCAUUUUUUGCUGCUUUCAUUUGAUUUAUUUUUCUUUGUUUUAUUUCAAGAUGUACUUUUAAGCUUUUUUUGAAACCAACAAUUAUAGGACCGUUUUUAUUAAGGAUUAUAAUGACUUAAGUAAUGGAGGUGUGCAUAUUUGUGUGUUUAUAGUAGUUUUUGUCCCAUUUUCCCUCUUUGUGACUUAAUAUUCUGCCAUUGACAACUUCAAUGUUGUUUAUACCUUGAGUUACACCAGAGGACCAUAAUGCUUCUGUAAAGUACUGAUACAAUCAAACUUAUUCCCUUGAUAAAGUGAGAACUGCACCGUGUUAAUGAAGGUCUAUGUUUACAUGAGUGAUGGUUCAAUGAUGCACAUUUUCUUACUGCUUUUGAGAAGUGGGAGGGACAGGCCUUAUUUUUUAUCUGGUUUAGAAAUAGUUCAAAGAAAAAGAUUUUAGAUGGUUUAAGCUGACAUGGUUACAUAAGAACGUGGAUUAAACCUCAGGACUGAACGAACAGAUUCAGUAUGCAAAGUAACACUGCACUUUGAAUGAUCUCCUAGGAUAAUGUUACACUUUUCAAGCCAUUAAUUGUUACAAAACUAAACUGAGUUGUUUACCUCGGUUUUAUCGCUUGCAUUUGGUAAUUAUUUCAAUGUUUUGACUGGUUUUACUUCUUACGCCACCGUAAUAUUUGCUAAUGAGGUCUGUAAACUGAAUAUUGCAAGUUUUCAUGAACAAUAACUACAGGAAGCCUUUGUCUUUCUCUAAUUUGUGAGGUCUGUUAUCUCACAUGGAGUACUGCUACUCCAGAUAAACAUGCACUGGAAUAUGAAUUCUGUCCCCUGAUGUUUAACUACAGUACCUGUUUGAAAGCAAGUGUGCCUUGUUGUGAGUGCCUCAGGCAGGUUCUUACUAAUGAAUGUGGAAGUUAUUGAUUUUGUGUAUGACGACAGAACAGUUUGAGCUCCUUAAGGUCAAAUGUCAGUCAGGAUUUUACAAGGUAAAUAAUUUUUAAUACUGUGGUCAAAUAAAAGCCCAAUAUAUAUCAGUGUAUUGUGUCAUGGAUUUAUGCUAAUAUAGUGCACUGCUCAACUGGCCUUCUUGACUUUGUUUCUACUUUUUUUGUUUUCUGUAUCCAUUUAACACUUUCCUAAUAACCUUUCUAUUGGUGUAAUAUAUUAUAUUACUGCCUGAUGCAGUAAUGAAUUCAUCAUAUGUGUGUGUAUCAGUGUUUUCUCUGUAAAAUUCUCUGCAUUGUGACAAUGUGCAAUAGGGUAGCUGCUGUGUUGGGUGAAUUUGAUCUCACACCCAAUGUUUUACUGACAAAAGCUGGAAUAUCUGCUCGGCUUGUGUGUUUCAGUUGUCUUUGUACUCUAAAUGAAUAAAUAUAUCACUUGCAUUUUUAUACAUAGAGUAUACACUUGUUUUACUUCACUAAUUUGAGCUUUGCUACACACUUGUGGGACUAAAUGUGCCCUUCACAUGUUUGAAUUUCAUUUUCAGACUGUUUAUGUGCGAUUAAAUCCGUGUUUUUUUGACUGUUGAUCAGUUUGUGUUCUAUUUGGCUGUUAUUUUUAUAUUUUUGAGAACGGGGUUACUGAUGUGGCACUCACUCCCUUAAGUUUUUAAUGCUAAAUCCAUAUGCAAUUGCAUAGUAUUUGCAGUUUGUGACCCUAAAAUGCAGGCUAGGACUCAAGAGGUUCCGAUUAAAUUUACCUAUAUACCAUCAAAAAUAUUAUUAUAAAAUUAUAGAGACAAAACCUGUGUGUAGUAGCAGGGACUGUUGUUACCUGUAUAACCCUGACAUAUUUAUUUUUGUGGUUUUUGAUGUUGCAUUUCUACUGUCUGUCUCUGUCUUCUACAACUUGUGUUCAUUGUUUUGUAUUUUGUUGUAUGUGUAUGUUUGUGUGUAUCCUGCAUAUCGCACUGGACUCAUGUAUCUUCCACUUUCUCAGGCUGCCGCUGUGCUGGCUAAACUGCAUUUACUGCCGUGUUUGUGGUGAUGUGUUGCUCUGAAUAUCAUAUGGUAUAGUGUACAUACUUGAAUAAAGACAACAGAAGUACUCUA